GGCGCCUUCAACUCUGGCGACUCUAUAAAAUUCUCCCUCGUUUUCCUCGCGGGUCUUUUUCUUUCUCUUUAAUUUUAUAUUCUUUCCUUCGUUGGCUCUCUUUUCCGACACAAAUUGAUCGAGUUUUUUCAUCGUUUUCCUUUGCAAUCAAUCUGAAAUUUUUAAAAUUUUCACUCUUUUGGUCCAUCAAUUUCAGAUUCGAAAAAAAAAAUUAUGAGCGCGUAUAAACGCGUGGUUCAAUUAGGGUUUGAUGCGUAUUCAAGUUCCCUCGUUAACAAAUUUGGAUCCCGGCAGAUUUCUCAACUUGUUAAUUCCAACGGAAAGCGUGCAUUUCUCGUCGAUACAUUGGCUCUGGUUCGAAGUUUGGAAGCGCAAGGCGUGCCAUCAAAACAAGCAGAGGCAAUAACAGCAGCAAUCACCGAAGUGUUAAACGACAGCUUGGAGAAUGUUUCUCAUUCUUUUGUUUCUAAAGCAGAAAUGCAGAAGACUGAGAUGCUCCAAGAAGCCAAUUUGUCAAAGUUUAAAUCUGAAGUAAAAAGUUCUCAGGAUUAUCAUUUUUCUAUGUUGCAACGUGAAACUGAAAAACUUCGAGGUGACAUAGAAAAAAUGCGAAGUGAACUAAGGUAUGAAAUUGACAAGGUCACCGCUGGGCAGCGCCUGGAUUUAAAUCUUGAAAGAGGGCGCAUACGUGAUGAACUAGCCAAUCAAAAUGCAGAAACUACGAACCUGACAAACAAGCUAGAUAGAGAAAUUCAUGCCUUGAGAGCACAAUUGGAAGCAGCAAAAUAUGAUGUGAUUAAGUACUGCAUAGGUACCCUUGUCUCCAUAUCUGCUGUCAGCCUAGCCGUACUCCGCAUCUUGAUGUAGCAUUACAUCUGUUUCGGGUAAUGCCAACUUUCCCUUCAUAAACCUCAAAUUUCAUUCUUCUUUUCGGGCAACUUUAAUACUCGGGGAAAAAUGGGUGAGAAUUACAUUUUUCAUAGCACGGUUGUCUAAGUUGGCCAGGGAAGACAAUUCCCAGUUGUCCGGAACAAUUAUCAGUGCUUCUUUUAGGAUUAAGCACUGUUUAUUACUGUACAACCUUGUUUACUUGGUAUGUUCUAAAUUUUAAUGCUAUCCUAGGAAAGGCUAGGGAGAUAGUUGUAACUUGACCUAGUUCUUAUUAGAAUUUGGCUUUUCUUGAAUAUAGGGCUCGUAAUUGCCUUUCUGGCUAGUUGAUAUACAUUGACAAAGGGGAAAAAAUAAAGUUUGAAAUGUUUUCAUUU